UCAAACAUGCCUCUGACUUGAAAUGAUUGCGCUGCGCAAGCAAAUAAAUUCAUGUACACUUUUAAGGACGGCUUAAAAUGUCAGCACACGAUGUCACAUGUUCGUGACAGGUGAGAUUUUAUCGAAUGGGACCCCCGAUGCUCGGACGAGGAUUUAUUGACAAGUGUCGGGAUAUUACGCUGUGAUAGCCAUCCCGCCUUUUAUCUUUACUCGACCAGACUAGUCAUGAACGGUUAUCAAUAUGGUCAGGUCGCUUGUAUGACCGCUGUUUUUCGGAGGGCUCGCUGGGGUCCGAGGGUGAAAAUCAACUGAUUCUGCCCAUUCAUCUAUUGUGAGAGGUUGUGUUGUAUACAAGAAACUUCAACUCUUAUUGGACGAAGCUCUUCUGUUUAGCCAAUAGUUGAAGACUAACUUGCAGGCUUACAAAUAUGCUUUGUUGUCAUCGAGGCUGGACAGAUCAGACGUUAGGCAUCGCUCAUGGCGAGAGAAGGUGAAAUAAGGUGUGGCGAAUUCACCGUGGACGACCUGACCACAGCGGCGGCGAAUGGCGAUCUGACCAAGGUGCGAGACAUCCUCCAAACAGGAGUGGAUGUCAAUGGGAGAAAUAGCUUUGGAAGGACUGCCGUUCAGGUGAUGACGCACACUUAUGUCGAUCUGGCAGAUGAGCUGCUCUGCGCAGGCGCAGAUCCUAAUGUCAAGGACAUCAGCCACCGCCAUAUUGGCGGCACGAGUACUUACCGUACAAUUUGCCACGACGUUGCCGAAAGUGGGUCGUUGCCAACUCUCCAGUGCUUGUUACGACAUGGUGCUGACAUAUCUCUGAGGGACAAGCGAGGAAAUACCCCUGCUCAUGUUGCUGCCAAAAGCGGCCAUUUUAAACUUGUGCAAUACUUAUUGUGUGGGAUGGCGACGAACGUGACAAACGAUUUGAAGCGCACGCCCCUUGACUACCUCGACAGUAAGGAGGACCCCGGAUGUCGACAGUGGGUGGAGCGGAGGCGGUCUACGCCAGCGACACUGCGGACGUUGUGUGUUGUUGUCGUUAGGUCAGCGCUGGGACCAGGAAGGUUGAAAGAUCUGUCAAGGCUGCAGCUGCCGGGGCCAGUUGUCAGCUGUGUACAGCUUCAAAACCUGCGUGCUCUCGAGGCAGAGAUAGACUGUUGAUAUGAAUUGCCGAAUAUGAAGGAAUAACAUGUGUUCGAUGUGUUGGACCACACUCCUAGUCGUGCUUGAAUCAGCUUGCCAUAGCUGCCCGUAAUAAAACACAAUUCAGCAGAGUUUAGUGAAGAGCUGAUAUUGGGUAUCCGCAAAGCCCAAGCUGUUAGCUGCUCUACAUCUUCACACAACGUACUAGAUGUUCCAGUUCUUUUGUUUGUAUAGUCAGCUGUGAUGUCAUAGACUGAGUAUAGCCACGAGGCGAAAGCGUAGGACACAUCUCGGUAAAAAUGAUUCGUUUAUCCAGAUAUGUGUUAUUCUGGACAGUGUAUCUGGGAACGUUACCGUCCGGAUAAACGAGGUGACACAAUAGUAUUCAUCUGUAUUCUGACUAAUCUCAGAGAGCAGCAACAGGAACAACAUUGCCUUGAUAAUCGUUGCAUGAUUUAACACGGCAUUGCAUGGUGUAUAAAAAGCAUUAGUGUGAUAGAUCGGUAUUUUCCUUAUACUUCCUUUACGUUGAUUUUUCAAUUCGUAAUGUCUUAUGGUUCCUUGGUGCAUUUGUACGUCGUCAACAGUGCGUCUGCACGUCUUCGAAAAGUGCACGUCUUCUUCAUUGUGUAAUGACUAAAUAAAGCUGAUCCCACCUAUUCUA